AUGGAGGUGCUAGUGGAGACCCCGCUCAUCGCCUUGGCGGUGUUGCUGCUGUCCCAGUUGAAAAAGGCCAACCAACUGAAAACCAAAAUAGUGGUGAAUAAAAAAAAAAAGGAAGAAAAUCUCAAAAAAAAAAUAAGUAAAAGUGUAGAAUUUAAAAGCUCAGCGAAGUAUAAAGUGAUAGAAGAUCUAAUUGAUGGAUAUCCAUACACAUCGUUGCCAGUCCCUGAACAGAGUAUACAGAAGGAACCAUUCAUGCUACUCAGGGGAAGAGUGAAAAGGGAAUUUCUACACGGAAUGGAAUUACCCUUUGGUCUAAUCGAACCUGUAAAGUAUGAGCUAUUGAAAUUAAUUGGGAGAUUAGGGGAUCCUUUUAGGAACUUAUGCUCUCAUUCAUUAACUCCAAGACUUUUAAUCGACUCUCUUUUUAAGAAUAAACCUGAACUCACUUUAGACGAGUUCUGUUACAGGAUAGAGUAUAAAAGGAGGUUCCUAAUGCCAUCCUACACGGAUGUUUUCAUGUAUGAGAAGGAACUCCUGUGGAAGGAGUGGAUAGAGAUACGAAAUUUGAAGGAGGUAUCUCCUGAAACUUCAGAAGAUGAUCAUGAACGGGUUCAAAAGAAUCUACAACCAGAUGAGACGACUAUGCCAAUCGUUAUGGUGAAGGUAAAUAGAGAAAUAAGCAAUCAGGGAAUCCAUCCAGCUAUUCUCAAAAUGCUUUUCGAUUUCCUGAAUGUAGAGAAGCGUCCUGAUAAACUGAAUCGUGAUUAUGCUUUCUUAAAACUAGAGUCCAUAAUGAGGAAGCUUAAAAAUAGGGACUUCCUUGAGGGGAUCAAACCAGAUUACAUAUACUUUAUGUUAAAUGAACGGGCUAGGGAAGCCUUUGCAUCCUACAAGGAGAGUGAAUUUGAGAGGAGCUACCAGGAGGCACUUAAUCACAACAAUAUGAAACAGAACCUGCUUUCACAAAAUGCCACUUAUAAAAAAGAGAGAAAAAUUUUCUCGGAGAGGACGAAAAAAUCCCUCAUGAAAUUUUAUGACAUUGAACUCCCUUCCUUCUUCAACGAGUAUGUAAAAAAGAAGGAGGAAAACUACAAGGCCAUUCAAGCUAAGAUUAACCGAAUGAUCACUAGUAAGUACCUCAAGCGCAAACGUCGUAGGGAGGACAUCCUCGCAGGCCGCCUCACCCCCCAGCCGGAGUCAUCACUGGGGGAUGGUGACACCCCUGGCGAGGAUACGCAGCCCCGCAGGAAGAAGAAAAAGAAGAAGAAGAAGUGA